UGGGCAAAGUCAGUCGACCACAACACGCUGUCCGUCGAGCAUGUGACCAAAAAAAGAGGAUUUAUCAUUGGCCUGUGACAGUGUUUACCUGUGUUUUUUAUUUAUUUUAUUUUUUCGUUUUAUUUUCCCUCUUCGAUGUGCGCGAUUUGACGGCGACCAUCACCGUUCGUCCUCGACUCUUUUUACCGGCUGCAUUUUUGAAAAUGGGAGUGCAUAAAACGACGGACCACGAAAGUGGCUAUUUCGAAGAUGAGGACGAUUUUCCGAAGGAGCCCUCGUCAGACGGCAACAGGAACAAUAAUCACCUGGAAAGUGUUGGAUAUAUGUGCAACGACCUGGAGAACGUUUUUUACCCAGACGAAGGACCUUUGAAAAAAGUUAACCUCACCGGCCAUGGGAGGGUUGACAUGUCUUCGUUCGACCUUCUCAAAGUACUAGGAACUGGAGCGUACGGAAAAGUCUUCCUUGUGAGAAAACGCGGCGGGAAGGACGCCGGCCGCCUGUACGCCAUGAAAGUACUGAAAAAGGCGACCAUAGUCCAGAAGAAAAAGACAACAGAGCAUACUAAAACUGAACGCCAGGUUUUAGAAGCUGUAAGACAGUCGCCUUUUCUCGUCACUCUUCACUACGCCUUCCAGACAGAUGCCAAGCUACAUUUAAUUCUAGAUUACGUGAGCGGUGGUGAACUGUUUACUCAUCUCUACCAGAGAGAGCACUUCACGGAAAGCCAAGUGAGGAUAUACAUAGGCGAAAUUAUCCUCGCUCUGGAACACCUGCACAAACUUGGGAUCAUCUACAGGGAUAUCAAGUUGGAAAACAUCCUGUUGGACGCUCAGGGUCACAUUGUCCUGACAGAUUUCGGACUGAGUAAAGAGUUCUUACCACAUGAAACGGAACAAAGGGCGUAUUCCUUUUGUGGCACAAUUGAAUACAUGGCCCCUGAGGUUGUCCGAGGUGGAAGCACCGGACACGAUAUCGCAGUGGAUUGGUGGAGUGUCGGCGUGCUGACAUAUGAACUUUUGACUGGUGCUUCUCCCUUCACGGUCGAAGGAGAGAAGAAUACUCAACAGGAAAUCUCAAGGAGAAUUCUCAGGACGUAUCCACCCAUUCCUGAAGAUCUUUCGCCCGAGGUGGCGGACUUUAUAACGAAGCUUUUAGUAAAGGAACCGAGAGAAAGACUGGGUGGGGGCGCGGACGACGCCGAAGAGCUGAAGAGGCACCCGUUCUUCAAGGGUUUGAACUGGAACGAUCUCUCGAGAAAAGCCGUCCCAGCGCCUUUCGUUCCCAAAAUCGCCGGCGAGCUGGACGUCUCGAAUUUCUCCGAAGAAUUCACCAAAAUGACUCCGACGGACUCGCCGGCCAUCAUACCUCCCAACUUCGAUAAAAUAUUCAAGGGUUAUUCCUACGUCGCUCCGUCAGUAUUAUUUAGCGAAAAUGUCAUUAGUGAUGAAAUUUUCAAGCCGAACUCCGACAGAAGGCCCACGAUCGCCAAUCUUGUUGCACAAACUUUUAAGGAUUCGGAAUUUUUCAACAAGUAUGAUGUCGAUCUGGAAAGAAGUGGUGCCCUAGGAGAUGGCUCGUUUUCGGUAUGCAGGAGAUGUGUCGAAAGGGCGACAGGGAAAGCAUACGCUGUGAAAAUUAUUAGCCGAAAGGUUGAUUCAACUAGAGAGAUUAACCUACUAAGGGCUUGUCAAGGGCACCCUAAUAUUGUGAAUCUCCAUCAAGUUUAUUACGAUGAGGCCCAUACGUACCUCGUCUUAGAGCUCCUUGAAGGUGGCGAGCUGCUGCAGAGAAUUAGAAGGCAGACGCGCUUUACUGAAAAUGAAGCUAGCAAGAUAAUGAAACAACUUGUAUCUGCUGUGCAUUUCAUGCAUUCCCAUGGAGUUGUUCACAGAGACCUUAAACCUGAGAAUCUUCUCUUCACCGAUGGAACAACGAUUAAAGUAGUAGAUUUUGGAUUUGCUCAAUUGAAAAAGGAAGGUGAUUCCCUUCACACUCCAUGCUACACCCUUCAUUAUGCAGCACCGGAAGUACUUCACAAUGCUGCUAGUGGUUAUGACGAGAACUGUGAUCUGUGGAGCCUUGGUGUGAUAUUGUACACGAUGCUAAGUGGAAGAGCUCCAUUUUUAGCGAGAUCUAGAGAUGACAGCUCUGCAGCUAUAAUGGCUAGGAUUAAAGAAGGCGACUUUAACUUUAAUUCUGGAGCAUGGGAGUCAGUUUCACAAGAGGCCAAAGAUCUAACUAAAGGUUUGCUUACUGUUGAGCCACAUCAAAGAUUGCGAAUGACCGAUCUGCUAGAAAAUAGCUGGCUCCAGGGAUGCACUGUCGCAUCGACACCUCUAAUGACACCUGACGUGCUCACUGGUGCGGCACCGAGAACUGUUGAACAUGGCGUAGCAUCCGCAUUCAGUGCUUUCCAUAAAGCGACAAGAGAAGGCUUUAGAUUGCAGGAUGUUUUCAAUGCAAAACUCGCUCAGAGGAGGAGAUUGAAGAAGUCUUCCAUAGACAACAGGAGUUUCUCAACCUCAAGCAGUUUCUCCAGUUCAAGUUCUUCAGGUCUUUCAUCCCUCCAAACUCCCAUUAGCUCAGGCCAAUCAGUUACAAGUGCAAAGACUAAGCCGAUGAUGAGAGGAAAAAUCAGUGAUGAAAACAAUGUGUUCAAUUUUGGUGAAGCGCGGGUACAAGAAUAUCUUUCGAGUUUGUCCAGCAGCUCAUCCGAGUACAACGCUGAGAUCCCGACUCAAAGUUCUACGGGGGCGUUUGUCCUGUCUCCCCUUCUCCCGCCAAAGAAGAGGAAACGGCCAGACGAACCAGCAGGGCAAAAACUCAAAGCGCCCGUCCCCGAACCUACCAGGAUGGACACGGAGGAGCGAAUCCAUCCGACGCCCGAAGACACCUUCCACGAAAUGAACAAUACGUUUGCAGGACCAAUGACAAGAGCGAAAAGAAAAUUACUCCAAGCUAUUGUGAUGACACCAGAGCAAACAGUUAAUUUCCCCGAGCAAAAGGCUAAUUACAAAGAAACCUAUCAUAAUCGCAAAAGGCAAAAAAUAGACCACCCUUCACACUGACAUUCUUCUAAAUAAAUUUUGUAAAUUAGUUUAUUUUAGAAUAUUUUCAGCAUAGUCAUGUUGUGCUAUUCAUAGCCUUAGUGAUAAUUCCACCCUUGCUUAGGGUAGAAAAGGCUAACUUACCAUAGUAAAUUAUGAGGCCUUUUUAAAUACUGAGGAACUGCUCAGUUAUCUCUUUCAUUUCUUUUUACAUGUGCAAUGAUACUAAAUCGUGUUUUUUAAAAA